AUGCAAGGUUAUAAAAGAACAAGUGAAGCAUUUAUUGAUAGAAAACGACAGACAUUUAAAAGUAGUAAUGUUACAUUAAUUAAUGAACAAAAUGAAAUAAUUCAUCAUGAUAUACUUAAUUCAAUUGUUCAGUAUGAUCCAAAACUUGAUUUUACUUGUAUACCAAUUAUGACUCAUGAUCCAAUUCUUAAAUAUAUACGUCGACAAACAUAUGGUUUAAUUUGGAAUUCAAUUCGAUCACCAACUAUAAGUAAACUCGUACAGAAUGAUCGAUCUUAUGCAUUUGUAGAAAUUCUUCAAAUACCAAAAACAUGGUCACGUUAUGAUAUUGAUAUUCUUCUUCUAAAAAUUCAAAAGAAAAAUUUUCUUAAUGGUCUUGUUCUCCGUGAUGAAUUUGUGCGUGUACUCCAAAUAGUACUUAAAAAUAAUUAUUCUUACAAAUUUUACAAUAUUAAUUUUACUCGAAAUACGAUUCAAUUAAUAUUUCAUAGUCAACAGGAAACAAAUGUAACACUUAUUAUUUCUUUUAUACUUUUAAUUGAAUUUGAUAUUCCAUGUAUAAAAUUUUUUCCUGCUGAUAUAUAUACAUCUCUUUGUAAUCAUAAUGAUAUCGAAGAAUAUUUUAAAUCGAAUUCCGAUAUUAAACUAACACGUUUAACAUCAUAUAAUUCAAUAAAAUUUCAUUUUGAUUAUAAUAUCACGGAAACAAAAUUAUGUGAAUAUUUAUUAGAAAAAUCAAAUUCAUUAUCAUUAAUAUUAAACAAUUUUUUAAAAUUACGAAAACAAUGGUUAAAAUAUGUUCCACAUGUAGCAAAUAUAAUUAAAAGACAAAUACAUUAUCGUCCAUCAAUAUGUUCAAUUAAUUCUCUACAAUCCAUAACAUCAAAUAAUUCAGAAUUUAUGCCAAAUAAUAUUUCAUUAUCAAAAGAAAUUGAAAUGCAAUUUGAAUCUUUAUUUUCUCUAUCAUUAAUUCGUUUAUUAUUUUUAACUAUUUGUUCACAAUAUAAACAAUUCGAUAAUUAUACUAUUGAACAUGCUUUAGAAUUAUUUAAUGAUGCGCUAGAAAAUAAUUAUCUUGAACUUCCAUUUCUUAAAAAUAUAAAUACUUUACCAGAUUGUGAAAUAAAUAUUAAACAUGGAAUAAAAAAAAUAAUUAAUGAAAUGCAGCGUGAUUGCAAACAACAAAUAUAUCGAUAA